CGCCUAACUCUUUCCGCCGUAGCAAGGAACUUGCUGAAAUCAAAGAUGGCUGACUGUAAGAGAAUGAAAAUAAACUUCUAGAAAAACAGAUUAAUGCUGUGGGUUACUUUCCUUUGGUCGACAAUAGAUUCGGUUAAUCCGCCACGCGGAUAUUUCUACAAUUAAACGCGCAAACGUAUGUGCUUAAUUAUUUCUAAGUCAGUCUUUCGAAGCGAGCGGACUGGACCAGUACUUGGCUUUCCAGCGUUACCUAACUUGCUCAAGCCAUUUCUUUAGCUUGUUGCUAGCUACUUAUUCAUACGACUCGUCCGUACAGGUGGAAGAGCUAGGUACCAUCCAGUAAACUUUAAAGUCCUUGUGACCCCUAGCAUAGCUAAGGAGCUGUUUAUAUGACAGUGAUAUUUUGCUGGCGAUCUGCUUAUAGAAGCUAGUUGGAUUCGUUAUAAGAGUGAUAGUGAAACAUUAAGCAGUUGCAGUGAGUACGACGUGGGAUUCGGGUGGGGUCGUUCGUUGUUUAGCUGGCUAGCAAGCUCGCUGGUUGUUGUUGGCGAAGCCAAGGAAACAGUUGAAAACGGAAAAAAAAAACAUUCUGGAUCUUACAAAUUCAACUGGAUUCUAUUUGAAGCUUUGAAGAACAACAACAGACAGCAUGGACAGGAAACGAAGCAGCGGGAAGACUGGUCAAAGCAGCAGCAGUAGCAGCAGCAGCGGCGGCGAGUCAAGCGGCAACAGCCCCGGCUCGCCUGCUAGUCCAUUGGACGCCGGGAAAGCUACUGGAGGCAACGUGUUUGCGAACGACGGCAGCUUUAUGGAAAUGUUUAAGAAAAAAAUGGAAGAAGAGAGAAGGAAAAAGGAGAUGGAGCAAGGACAGAGCGAUACGAACACUACGGAGGAGGGGCAGUCUACACAGGAAAAGAAGACUAUUAGCGUGACCAGCUUUGUGGGCAAGCGGAGAGGCGGCGCCAAGUUAGCCCUCAAGACUGGGAUGGUUGCCAAGAAACAAAAACUGGAUCCCGAGGUUGAGGCUGGUAAAGGAGACGCUUGGACUAAGUACAUGGCGGAGGUUAAAAAAUACAAGGCCCACCAGUGUGGUGACGAUGACAAAACCAGGCCGCUGGUGAAAUAGACUUGCGUCUCCUUCCCGCCCUUUUUGAGGGAUACCGCCAUGUUCGCCCCGCCCACUGCCCCAAACGGUACCCCUGCACAGGGAGUGGGGGUGGGGAGCACCACUGACUCUUCCUUUUAAAAUGUCUGGCUUUCACCUCUCCUUGCAAAACUAAGGAAUGGACGGGCUACAAAGUCUUUCCUGUGCAUCUCACCAAGCGUAGAUCCUGGGUGUUUAUUUUCAGUUAAAUCGAAAGUUGUUUUUGUAUUUUCGAAACAGUCGUUUGUGUAUUUUAGCUUUUGAUGUUGGUGCAGCCAUAGCUGAACUUGAGUUUAAUGACACAAAAAUACAACUUAAAUUUUAUUUUCUCUUUACCAUGUAGUGUUAAUUGGUUGUCCGCAUAAUUGUAGAAUCUGUGUUGUGUCUUGCUCAGUUGACGUUUUUACUAUUUUUGUUUAGAUCUGAUAAAUGGUGUAACCCAAAUCAUUGUGAAGUAAAAACCCCCCCCAAAAAACCAGGUGUGUAUUGUGCCUUUAGUGUAUGUUCAAUUUCAGGUCUGGUGUCUCUGAUAGCCUUGUCUGAUGUCUGAUGAGUUUUUUUUCCCACAUACAACAUUAUAUUUUCGAAAAAAAUGCGAAAAAGGUGUCUUGUAGGGAUUUUAGUGAAAGUUAUUGAGAUUAAGUUUCUAUUUUUGGAUCACCUGGAGCCAGUCAUUAAUUCACAGGCCAGGCAUUGGAAUCCCUUUGAACUUUAUUGUGUCUCCAAAGAAGGCAAGAGAGUGGAGACAUCAGGUGAAUUUGUGUUGUUUAUAAAGAAAGGUUACACGCACUCUUGACGAGGGCGGAUCACUGGUAAUUAAAAAAAAAAAACAGCAGUGGACGAAACUGAGUGCACAGCCUUUCUUUUUAAGUUUUACUUUAAAAUCUCUUGUGCUGCGCCUUGCCAAACAAGGCAUGUGUUUUCUUUUUCUUUUUCUUUUUCGCUUUAGGUUUGUAUUGUUGCUGUAGGAGUGCUGCAGGUAAAACUGUCACAGUGGAGUCAGAGGCCUGCCAAAUGCAUCGCUCACUCGUACCGUACUGUAGAGCCAGCCUAAGCCAUCACGUAUGCACUCUCAGUCCACAUUUGGAAAGACUGUGGGAAAACAGAGAAGCCAUGAUUGCAUUGAUUUGGUGGAGCGUCAGUGACCACUAUAACAUAGCCUAAGUGUUAAUUGCUUGUUCUGAGCUUUAUAUUGCAUGCACCCUGAACAGGUUGGCAAUCUAUCGCAGGGCACACACACACACCAUUCACUCACAAUUUAGAGUCUCCAAUUAACCUAACCUGCAUGUCUUUGGACUGUGGGAGGACACCGGAGCACCCAGAGGAAACCCACGCAGACGGGGAGAACAUGCUGGGAUUCAAACCCAGGAAUGCAAUGCAGGUAAAGUACCUUGCUCUGGGGUACAACAGCAGUGUCGUACCCUGGUAUUGAACCUAUGACCUUUAGAUUACGAGACAAACUCCUUACCCACGUGAAUGCAGCAUAGCCCUGGUGGGACUCUUCAGUAAAGGAGCUCAUUGUUGAACGCAGGCUCAACCUGACAGCCCAGGCAUGGCUAGUCGAUUGUCUGAGCCCUGUCAUCAGGGACUUUAAGCAUCGAUUGGCUACGGUGAGCGGAAAUAGAUCUGUGCUCUUCUGUGCAGGCGUGAACUUGACCUGCUCCCGUCUGCUGCUGCAGCCUGCUGAUCCGCUGCAGGGAAGAUGCUACUUUCACGCAGCAGAUCAGCAGCUACAGUGGCAGACGGGAGCAAGUCACGCUCAUGCCUGUGAGAAAGAGCACAGGUUGUAUUUUAGCUCACCGUAUUCGUAUCCCUGUCGAUGCUUAAAGUCCCUAAUGACAGGGCCAGACCUGGGUCAAAUACCUAUUUGUUUUGGAUUCAAAUACUUUUCUACGCUUUACUGAUCUUGUCUGGUGUAUUGGAACCAAUGAAAUACUCUCAAAAAGUGCAAACCCCGCCUUCUGGUCAUACUAGCAGGCUCAAUUACGCCAGGCAAGAUCUAUAGAGCACAGAAAAAUAUUUGAAUCCAAAACAAAUAUGUAUUUGACCCAGGUCUGGACAGGGCCCAGACAUUCAGCUAGCCAUGCCUAGGCUGUCCUGUUCAGCCUGUGUUCAACAAUGAGCCCCUUCACUGAAGAGUCCCAUCAGGGCUAUGCUACGUUCAUGUGGAUGUCAAGUCUGUAUUAGCAGCCUUUGACUGGGAGCCCUCCCAGGGCUAGGGAACAUUUGGCUGUUUCCCACUGAGGUAGGCUGGACUCAGUUCAGGGAUAGUUAAAUUUCUGGAGUUUUUUCAUAUUUCAGUUUUAGUCUGAUUUUGAUGGGUCCAGACAGUUUUUUCUGUGUGAUGAAGGUUAUUUUAGAUGCUUAACUGAAGUUUCUCGUGAUCUGCUGCCUUCACAGUGACUGGAAUAGGGGUGUCAAAAUGGCAAAAAAAAGUGUUCCUGUCACUUUUCACAGCUGCUUUUAGACAGCCUAGACAUGCUGAAAUGGUGGCUAGUUGUCUUCAGAUGGGGUUCCAGGGUGCCAGUUCACCUCCAAUCCUGGGAGUGAAGAGUCCGAGCUCCCCUGGUUUCCGUGGUGUUUGUGUCCCCUGAGUGCUUGCAGGGCUACUAUUUGCUGUUACAGAAUGACAUGCCUAUAGCCAUUUUAUAUUACACCAUAUACUUUGUAUGGGGGAAUAAUUAUAGGCAGUUUCCUCUUGGUGAAGCAGAGGCAGUUGCUGAUUCAAGAUGGGGUGUAGAGGGGGAGGUGUACUAUUGACUGCUCUGAUCUAUUACUAUAAACAUGUUUUCUAACAAGCUGUGCGUACGGUAAAUAAGAGAAGUUUGAGUCUGGGAUUGAAUUUAAAGGCUGAUGACCUGCCAACUGAGCUAGGGGGCACUCACAGAUUUAUGGUUUAUCGAAAAAAUAAAAAUAAAAUACACUUCAUUAGGCAGAGAGAAUUCUCCCCAUACAGUGACCAGGCAAACAAGGUAUAUCCGUUUAAGAGCUUUAUUUCUGCAGAAAGAGUACAGCACGUACACACAGCAAAGUAAAUAUGUUUGAACCGAGGGGUACAAACGAUACUAAUACAUGAUUGGUUUUGCCCAGAGUGUGAGAACAUGACUCGGCCAAUGAGAGAUGUUCAACUUCACUCCUUGACUUUGUCUGACCUUUACAAAAAAAAAAAAAAAAAACUGCAGUUCAACUGUUGUUAUAAUGAUUGUAAUUAUUGUAGUAUUCCUGCAGUAUUAUGCAAUAAGUGCGCGCACACUUAUUGCAUAAUAAGUGCAGUAUUCCUGCACUUAUAAUGCAGUUUCACUACUUCAUGCCCAGUACACAUGAAGUAUAACUCUUUUGUGCAGCAUUUUAACCACUGCACUGCACUGCAUUGUGCUUCAGUUUAACCGCAGCAUAACUUUGCUGUAGCUGCAGCAGCAUUUUGUGAGGGGAGUGCUCUCCAUUCAUUACUGAUUGUCUGCAAAUCUACUCCCCCUUUCUUCAGUAGCCCUCACCCUCAACUGUCGUCAGGUUUGCUAAGGUUUAUGAAAAAUAGUUUCAUUUCUUCUUUGUUUUGAAUUUUUUUCUUUUUCUUCUGUGACCUGUGUCCUUCAGGCCUCAAGUAAGUACCAUUCUGUAAAAGUUCUGUUUGUCUUUUUAUUCAUUUUUUUAUCAUUCAUUUCCCCAUUCCCCCCCCCCCCUCCAAUGGUUCUUAUACCCUCCCCAGUAAGUAUUCAUCUCCCUAUUUCUUCUCUUUCCUCUGAAAAACAGGAACAACUCUCAACCAUUUACUUAUGUUGUUUUUCAGAGAAAGGAGCAUUUUCCAUUUUUUUUUUCUUUUUUUACUUUUAGGGUCGAAAAGGUUGACAAAAAACACAUGGGUAUUUGGUAUUAUUGUAAUGUAAAUUUGACUGGCUAUCAAUGCUAGACUUUCUCAUUCAAACCCAGGAGGAAAGCCACUCUGCAAACUCUGGAUCCCAGCUCUUGUUUGCUGCGGCAACUGUGCGUGUGACAGUCCAGAGAGGAUUUGGUUUGCUGACCUGCAGUCCUUAAAUACUGUGCCAGACGUUCUGGAAAGUGUUUAAACAAUACUGUGGGUGUUUUGUUGUUAAUAAUGUUCCUUUUUUUAUGUUGACCGAGUUGCAUUUUUAUAUUGCAUUUAGUCUGUCCUACACACAGGCUCCAGAAGAUGCACAUAAACCACAUUUACGUAUGUAAGCUGCUACACAAACCACGUUUCCUGUAUUUAAAUCAAUUUGCACUUAGACAGAAUACAGACAUGAUAUGUUGGUUUAUGUGUUAAAAUAACCCUGUAUUUUAGUGGUUAGGAUUAGGAUUACAGUUUGAGUUAUGCUUAGGUUAGGGAAAACCCUUUCCCUGUUUCUGUGUGGCCUUCCUCCAGGUACUCUGUCUUCCUCCCACAGUCCAGUCAUUGGUCAUCUUGCCCAUCUUCUGCACAGCCAUUGCCCAUCUUCCCUCUCUUCAGACUGUACCUGGACUAACUAUCACAAAUCAAGGAUUGCUCUUACCGUUUGAAUUGUAAUAUGUUCCUGUAGCACGUUCACGUUGCACUUGUAUCUCCAUCCAGCACUUAUGUUGCACUUGUAUCGUUAGCUGGAUGUUGUAGUUUGUUUGUUUGUAGUUUGUAGUUUGUCGUCACGUCCCCUAUUUUGACUUACCAUAACUUUCUGACCUAGCCUAUGCUUACUGUGUAAACUGGACUUAUGUGUUCAUGGCUAUGAAUAAAUGUCACAUAACAAGCAUUGUACCUCAUUAUACCUGUGUUUUGUAGUUGUUCCAAUGGCCUUCAGUGUGUAUUUAUUGUAUGUUGCUUUGGAAA